UUUUUGCGUUGGAAUUUUACCUUGUUCAUAUUGGACGAUUCCAAUAUGGCAGCGCUCAGUCAUACAUGUGCGCUCCGAAACGCGCUGCGGAUUUUGGUCUCAAAAUCCCCCAAUCGCGAUUUGUUGAACAACAAGUGGACCACCACUCCCCAGAGAAAUAUACUGCAUCACAGAAAAUGUCAAGUUUCGCGAUUAUCAACCUGUCAUGUUUCACUUGCAGAGCAAAAACCGACCUCGAAUUCAGCGUCCGGUGUAGGCAGUGAUGCAACGUCUUCAUCCGCGAGCACCCUGCCGUUGAGUGUGCUGUUGAAGCAGGCGGAGGAAAAGGUGAAGGAGAAGCAAGAAGACGACGAACAGCGGAAGAAAGAACGCAAGGAGAAAUUCGCCCGCUAUCAGAAAUGGGCCAUGGGCAUCACUGGUGCUAUGCUGGGUGGGGCAGCUCUUUUAACAUUCUAUGAACUUGGUCAACCAAAACUAGACGAACAUGGAAAACAAAUUCCAGACGAGUUUUCCGAUCAGUUCAUCCUAACCGCUUAUGUACAGAGGGCCUACAAGGAAGUCAAGGAGUACAGAACAAUGAUAGUGGAGCCAUCAGCUGAGAAGCUACUCCCAGAUCCCCUGACGGAACCCUACUACCAGCCUCCUUACACAUUGGUCUUAGAGAUGACCAAUGUACUGGUACAUCCAGAAUGGACGUAUUCCAAUGGCUGGCGAUUCAAGAAACGUCCAGGUGUCGACUACUUUCUUCAGCAGGUUGGACCGCCACUGUUUGAAAUUGUCAUCUACACGUCCGAGCAGGGAUUUACUGGGUAUCCACUGAUAGACAACCUAGAUCCCAAUGGCUACAUCAUGUACAGACUAUUUCGGGACGCCACUAAAUACAUGAAUGGCCACCACGUCAAGGAUCUUUCGUGUCUCAACAGAGACAUGAGCAAGGUCAUCUUUGUGGACUGGAACACCAAAUCGUUCUCCCUGCAGCCUCAGAACGCGUUUGGCCUCAAGAAGUGGGAAGGAAGCGACGACGACAGGGUACUGGUGGACUUGGCUGAUUUCCUCAGAACGAUAGCCGUUAGCGGUGUGGAAGACGUGCGACCAGUGCUGGAUCACUACAAGCAAUUUGAUGAUCCCUUGGGGACGUUCAAGACAAACCAAGCCAGACUACAGGCUGAACAAGAGAGGGCAGUGCAGCAGGCAACGGAAGGGUCGGCCAAAGCGGGCAGUUUGGCAGGCAGCUGGACACAGAGGCUGAGGGGAAGGUAGAAACUCCAGAGGGAUUUGGUAAUUGGUGUAUUUUAGGGCCUUUUUUACUGCAAGUGAUUACAGGAUUCCACAAAGGGAAAAGGACGUGCUGGUUCAAUUGGCCAGUUUGUACUGGGUGUAUGCGUUUUGCACCGUAGAGCACUAAACGCUCCGAGCUUAAAAAACCUGAGCAAUUUUUCAAAUACAGUGCGAUGAAUCAUCAUUCUGCCAAUCAAUCAUCAUUCUGGUUAUGAUGUCAUUGAGCUGGCCAUGACCUAGCCUUGUAAUCUUUGAAUUUUUUGCAAAUAAACCACAAAGGGAG